GAGGGAGGGACCUCGGGUGAGGUGCCGAACCUAAAAUCAAUAUCUAUUUUGUCAAAUUUGGGCACGUUAUCUUCUUCUGCUUCAGUGAAAACUAGUAAAAAACUUCAACCUUCUCUCAAAAAUGGCUACUACCACCUCCGCUUCAUUCUCUCGCCUCUCCAUUCCCCCAAAAUCACCCUCUCAACCACAAUUCCUCAUCUUCACCUCCCCAUUUCAAACUAAAUCCCCCUCAUCUCGAACCCGGUUCACAUGCUCCGCCGGUGAAACCGGUUUAUUCACAAAACUCGGCCGGUUACUAAAAGAAAAAGCAAAAAGCGAUGUAGAGAAACUCUUCUCCGGUUUCUCAAAAACUCGUAACAAUCUCUCCGUCAUUGAUGAGCUUCUUCUUUAUUGGAAUCUCUCUGAUACUGAUAAAGUUCUUGAUGAACUUGAAGAGGCUUUAUUAGUUUCUGAUUUUGGACCGAAAAUUACUAUUAAGAUUGUGGAGAAUUUAAGGGAGGAUAUACUUUCUGGUAAGCUUAAAUCAGGGAGUGAGAUUAAGGAAGCACUGAAGAAGAAUGUUUUGGAUUUGUUAAGCAACAAGGGGAGUAAAACUGAACUUCAACUUGGAUAUAGGAAACCAGCCGUAAUAAUGAUAGUUGGUGUUAAUGGUGGUGGGAAGACAACUUCUUUGGGAAAGCUGGCUUAUAGAUUGAAGAAUGGAGGUGCUAAGAUACUGUUGGCAGCUGGUGAUACAUUCAGAGCAGCUGCUAGUGAUCAGCUAGAAAUAUGGGCUGAAAGGACUGGGUGUGAGAUUGUUGUAGCUGAGUCUGAGAAAUCCAAAGCAUCAGCAGUGCUUUCACAAGCUGUAAAAAGAGGAAAAGAGCUAGGUUAUGAUAUUGUAUUAUGUGAUACAUCUGGACGUUUACACACCAAUUACAGGCUAAUGGAAGAGUUAAUUUCUUGUAAAAAGGCUGUUGCUAAAGUAGUUGCUGGUGCACCCAAUGAAAUCUUACUGGUUCUGGAUGGAACUACUGGUUUGAAUAUGUUGCCACAAGCCAGAGAAUUCAAUGAAGUUGUGGGUGUAACUGGUUUAAUUUUGACCAAACUGGAUGGUUCUGCAAGAGGUGGCUGUGUGGUCAGUGUGGUUGAUGAGCUUGGAAUCCCUGUAAAAUUUGUCGGUGUUGGUGAAGGUGUUGAAGACCUUCAACCCUUUGAUGCAGAGGCCUUUGUCAAUGCCAUUUUUCUGUAAACCAUAAGUAGGCUUAGGCUAUGCUACGAUUCAGAAUCACAUAUUUACACGAAUAUGCAGAGCAACAUUAGGUCACAGGAAAGAGAAAGACAACAUUUUAUCAUUUAAUCCAUUCUUGAGAGGCCAAGCUUCGCAGAAGGUGAAAAUGAUUUUGGGGAAGCGAAGCUAUUCUUGCUUUGAAGGUAACUCAGCUGGUAUAACCCCUUUGCAUGCUUUGUGGUUGGCAGUUUCGGACAAUACGACAAUGGUUUAUUUCCACUCUUGGCAUUGAACUUGAAGAUUUUGUUGUGGUGUCCAUGUAAAUGAAUGAUACCACAGAAAACAUGAGCUAACAUAUGGUCCAUUAUUUGUCAAUGAUUAUGUGAUUAUUUUUUUCCUUCCUUUCUUCAACUUCUCAAUGAGGUGUCUUAUUUCAUUGUUUUUGUCAUCCGGGGACAACUUUUGAACAAGGCACAUUACUCACAAAGAAUGUCUGAUGAUAUAAGUACAGUAUAUACUGAUAAGGGCAGUGCUAUAUCUCACGAGUAUUUUUUU